AGAAGCUCGACGAAGGCAGCAGGGAGGCCGGUCUCUUAAAGUACAACACCGCAGAGACCAACUGACGUUAAAACAUGCCUCUGCGGUUGGACAUAAAGCGGAAGCUGACGGCUCGGUCAGACCGUGUGAAGAGUGCAGAUCUGCACCCCACAGAGCCAUGGAUGGUGGUCAGCCUGUACAGUGGCACUGUGGUGGUCUGGAACCAUGAGACACAGACAAUGGUGAAAACCUUUGAGCUGUGUGACCUGCCUGUCAGAGUGGCCAAGUUUGUAGCCAGGAAACACUGGGUCAUCACUGGAGCAGAUGACAUGCUGAUCCGUGUGUUUAAUUAUAACACACUGGAGAGGGUUCACAUGUUUGAGGCUCACUCUGACUACAUCCGCUGUAUCGCUGUCCACCCAACACAGCCCUACAUCCUCACCAGCAGUGAUGACAUGUUGAUCAAGCUGUGGGACUGGGACAGGAAGUGGUCAUGUAGCCAAGUCUUUGAAGGACACACACACUACGUCAUGGAGAUCGUCAUCAACCCCAAAGACAACAACCAGUUUGCCAGUGCCUCUCUGGAUAGAACCAUAAAGGUUUGGCAGUUGGGCUCCAAGACUCCCAACUUUACCCUGGAGGGCCACGAGAAGGGAGUGAACUGUAUUGAUUACUACAGUGGAGGAGACAAGCCCUACCUCAUAUCAGGAGCAGAUGACCGCCUGGUCAAGAUCUGGGACUAUCAGAACAAAACGUGUGUGCAGACCCUGGAGGGUCACGCCCAGAAUGUCACCUGCGCCCGUUUCCACCCUGCACUGCCGAUCAUCCUCACUGGAUCUGAGGACGGCACAGUCCGAGUUUGGCACUCCAACACCUACCGGCUUGAAAACACCCUGAACUACGGCAUGGAGAGGGUGUGGUGUAUAUGCGGCCAGCCGGGCUCAAACAGCGUGGCUUUGGGUUAUGAUGAAGGGAGCAUCAUCAUCAAGCUGGGUCGGGAGGAACCAGCCAUGUCCAUGGACUCCAGUGGGAAGGUUAUGUGGGCUCGCCACUCUGAGGUGCAGCAGGCCAACCUGAAGGCCAUGGGAGAUACUGAGAUUAAGGAUGGAGAGAGGCUCCCGCUGGGUGUCAAAGACAUGGGCAGCUGUGAGAUCUACCCCCAGACCAUCCAACACAGCCCCAAUGGGAGAUUUGUGGUGGUUUGUGGCGACGGGGAGUACAUCAUCUACACUGCCAUGGCUCUAAGGAACAAGAGCUUCGGCUCAGCUCAAGAAUUUGUCUGGGCGCACGACUCCUCACAGUAUGCCACUAGGGAAGGCAACAAUGUGGUCAAAAUCUUUAAGAACUUUAAAGAGAAGAAGACUUUUAAACCAGACUUUGGUGCUGAAGGUAUUUUUGGCGGUUUCUUACUGGGGGUGAGGUCAAACAGUGGCCUGGCCUUCUUUGAGUGGGAGAGUGCAGAACUGAUCCGCCGCAUUGAGAUCCAACCAAAACAUAUCUUCUGGUCUGACUCUGGUGAACUUGUGUGCAUUGCUACAAGCGAGUCUUUCUUUGUGCUGCGCUACCUGCAAGAGAAAGUAACAGCCGCUCAAGAGUCCAAAGGAGAAAUCACAGAGGACGGGAUUGAAGAUGCAUUUGAGGUGCUUGGAGAGGUCUCAGAGGUGGUGAAAACAGGUGUAUGGGUUGGAGACUGCUUCAUCUACACCAGCUCUCUAAACAGAUUAAACUAUUAUGUUGGUGGAGAGAUCAUCACCAUUGCUCACCUGGACAGAACCAUGUAUCUUCUGGGCUACAUCCCCAAGGAUGAUCGUCUCUACCUCGGAGACAAGGAGCUGAACAUCGUCAGCUAUGCCCUGCUGCUCUCUGUGCUGGAAUACCAGACCGCUGUCAUGAGGAGGGACUUCAGCACUGCUGACAAGGUUUUACCCACAAUCCCCAAGGAGCAGAGGAUCAGGGUUGCCCACUUUUUGGAGAAACAGGGCUUCAGACAGCAGGCCUUGGCUGUAUCCACAGACCUGGAGCACAAGUUUGAGCUGGCUCUGCAGCUGGGGGAGGUCAAGAUAGCUUACCAGCUGGCCUUGGAGGCAGAGUCUGAGCAGAAAUGGAAGCAGUUGGCAGAGCUGGCUACGACAAAGUGCCAGUUUAGUCUGGCCCAGGAGUGUCUGCACCAGGCUCAGGAUUAUGGGGGAUUAUUGUUGCUGGCCACCGCCUCAGGCAAUGCCAACAUGGUCGGGAAACUGGCAGAGGGAGCGGAGAGGGACGGGAAGACCAACGUGGCCUUUCUCACCUACUUCAUGCAGGGACGAUUGGAAAAAUGUCUGGACCUUCUCAUCAAAACAGAUCGGUUGCCAGAAGCUGCAUUUCUGGCAAGGACGUAUCUGCCCAGCCAUGUGGCAAGGGUGGUGAAACUGUGGAAGGAGAGUCUGUCCAAGGUCAACCAGAAGGCGGCAGAUGCUCUGGCUGACCCCACCCAGUACAGCAACCUGUUCCCUGGCCUCCAGCAAGCCCUGCUGGCUGAGCAGUACCUGAAGGAGACUCAUGUCAGGGUCAGACCUGCUGCAGAAUAUCCCCUCAUCAUGCCAAAUGAGGACCGUAAUGUUCUGGAGGAAUCUGCAGGAUUUCUGCCAAAAGAGGAGAUCACUGACCCAGAGGAAGCUGUGAUGAGUAUCAUUGAAAGUGUCAUGGUGGCAACCGUGACGAAGGCUGUGCCUGCAGAAACAGCAAUGGACACUGAGGAGGUACCAGUAAAAACAGCAGCUGUGACAGAGGCUGCACCUGCAGAAACAGCAGUAGAAACAGAGGCUGCACCUGCAAAAACAGCAGUAGAAACAGAGGCUGCACCUGCAGAAACAGCAGUAGAAACAGAGGCUGCACCUGUGGAAACAGCAGUAGAAACAGAGGCUGCAUCUGUGGAAACAGAAGCAGUGACAGAGGCUGAACCCAUAGAAACAGUAGAGGUGACAGUGGAGGCUCUUAAAGAAGCAGCAGUGGAGGUAGAGGCUGCAUCUGAAGAAGCAAAAGCAGAGACAGGGGAGCUACCUGAAGAAACAGCUGCAGCUGAGGAAUCUAUCCUGUUAAAACAGGAGAUUACUGAUCCAAUUUUACAAGCAGAAGAGGAAGAAUCCAUGCCAGUAGCAAAAGCAGCAUCCCCCCUACCUGCAGCUGUGCAAGAAGAGCACGAUGAACCAAAACAAGCAGAAUCUGUUUCUUUUCUGGAGGAAAGCAUCACUCCAUUAGAGGAGGAAUUAGUCUCAGUUGAUGAAGAAAUGUCAGAAACUACAUCUAAGAUUCUCCCUAAAGAGCCAGAGAUGGUACCAGCCAGUCUUGUGGAUGUCCAGUCAUCAGCAGAGACAAAUCUUCUGGAAGUUACUGCAACAGCUGUGACCCUUGUUUCUGAAACAUCUGCAGAAACAGCAGACACUGCCAUGGCAAUGGAAGAAACACAAAGUGAUCUAGUAGCAGCAGACACCUCAGUAGUGGACGUCACGGUUAGUAAUAGUCUCAUAGAUGAUAAAGCUGUACUGGAAGCUUUUGAAAACAUGACAAUGCCUAGUAAUGAAGCACCAACCCUCAUAGGUACAGCAGCAGAGGAGACCCCUGUUGCAGAGGAAACAGGAGCAUCAACCAUAGCAGUGGAGGAGCUCAUAAGCUUUGAAAACACAGACAGUCCACAACUGGAUCCACCUAUCCAAGCCCAAACCUUUCCAGAUUUGGCUCUUGAUCCACUGCAAGACCCUCUCCAAGAUGCUAUGCCGGUAAUGAUGCCAGUCCAGUCUCAAGAACCAAAACAGGAGGAACAAAUCCCAAAACUAGAGCCUGUAGUUCCUCUACUGGCUGAGGCAGAGGUUUUAAUCCCAGUAUCAGCUCCUGCAGAGGGGACCAUAGUAGAGAAGAAGGAGGUUGAGGUGGAACCCGCAGAAGACCUCGGGGAUGACAUGGUGGAUGAGGCCCUAGAUGAUCUGGAUUUGGACAAUUUUGACCUGGAAGACAUCGACACCUCAGAUGUCAACCUGGAUGAUGAUUUCUUGUCUGACUAGGAAGAAAAAUAUUUUGCAAGUUGUUGCUCUUUUUAAAAGCCAAAGUCUUGUUUAAAAAGGUGUUAACAGAGAGACAAAAAUGGCGUAAUUUAUGGUACUGUAGGACCAAAUUUUACAAAAUAUAGACCUCAACUCUGAUAAUUGCAGACUGAGUUAAUUUAAUUAACGGGGAGAUUAUAAGCAGGGCCCUUCUGCAGCAAAAAUAACUGAGAAAUGAAAGGAGAAAAGUAAUUUUAAAGGGAGAAUAAGGAUUAAAAUAUAGAUUUGUUAAUGUUUGUGUUAUGGAAUUAUUACACUGUUGUAUUGGACUUAGACUUCAGAUGAGGGUGCAUACCACGAAGCAAGAUUAGAGGGUAAGCAUCAAGAUUGACUUUUCUGUAUCAUGAAGCUGGCUUUCUUUUAAAUCACCAUGGUGAAACUGACCCUGGUCUGGACCAGAUUGUUUUCAGAGUUUUGUCCUUAAAUCAUUGGAAGCCUGGAGUAUUCUCAGCUGGCAUUAUUGAUCUUCAUUUUAAAAAUGUUAAUGCAAACUUUUGGAAAUGCAAAGUUAUAUUUGUACUGUUACAAAAUGAAGCUGUGCAGUUAGGCCUGCAAUCAGACUGUGUGCAUCACAUCACAGAGACACCCCUCUUGUUUUUACCUGUUUGCAUCUACACUUAUAAUAUCAGCAGGUUUUACAUAGUAGACAAGGGCACAGCAUCCUAAAAUAAAUAAAUAAAUCCCAAAUAUAAACAAUAAAAUGAAGAAACUAGCAUUUCAAUCUUGGUCAUAAUGUGAUAAAGGCAAAAGCUUUUCAACUUAAUUAAAGUUCCACAGUUGUCACAUUAAAAAUGAAAUAGAAUCACAAGCAAUUGAAUUGAUGGCAAAAUCACAAAUUAAAAUACAAAUUAGCAAAAUACUUUCCUGCAGUGUCUCUUCUUAAGACCAGCAGCGUCUUUUGUAAGGCAAUAAUGCUUUUGUAUUCCUCAUUUCAUUCUGACAGUCUUACAGCCAGCUUAUUGUGGUAGAAGUGUGACGCACCGCUGUGAAUACCCAGUCUUGUCUGAGCAUGCCCACAGUCUGGUGAAUAAAGCCUGAUAAUGAUGGGAUUCAGCUCUUUUAGAUGGUCUGGAUCAUUUGAUUCAGCUCAGUAAUAAGAGAUAGCUUUUUUGGCUCCAAAAGUGGUCUUCAUGUGGAAUUUUGGCUCAGCCAAAUCAGCCAAAUUAAGAAAUGUUCUGAUGGAUAUGUGUGAAUGUAUUUUACUCAGACUGUGCUUAUUUUUGUUUAAUUCAUGAAAACUAGAGCCCUGUGCGGGACCCUUCUCUUAAUCCCACUCGCACCUGCUCCAGCUGGAUUUCUGACCAUUACCACCCACUCCUGCAGCGCGUGCCGUCCAGUCUUACCCGAGGCAGGUGUGUCCAAUUCUGCACGGAUUCUGACAAUCUAUGUUAAUAUUCAGAAUAACAGACAGUGCAUUCAAUUAAAGGAAUGGUAAUAUUAAUCUGUUCACUAAAGUACCAUCUUGACAAAAGUUCCACUCUGAAUUCUGAAAAAUUUCCUGAUCUCUGGAAAGUUUAUGUGUAAAAAAAAAACUACAGCGCAUUUCCAUCAGCUCUCACAGACAGUGGUCUAAUCUUGACUCUAUUAACGUCAUGCUGUUACCACCCUAGAUGCUUAAUGCAGUAAGGCCAAUUUGAAGGGAAGGGGGUGUUUUUACCCCAAACAGCUGCAUAUGAGCUCAGCAUCUCCGCGUGCCAAUGCUUUUUGCGAUGAUUAGCCUGCAGCAACAGAGCAUUAAAGCUGUGCCGUUCAACUUACUUAGAAAGUUUUAGCGCAUGCACUUUAUUGUGGAGCUUUAACAAAGCCUCACACCGUUUGGCUGCAUGGAGACAGACACAUUGAAGCAUGUUGACGCAGCACCGCCAGCUACAACCAAUAAAUAACAGCAAAGAAACUGUGAUUUCUAACACCAAUUUUUGACAUGUCUCCUAUAUAAUUUUGGUUAAUAUGAGCAUGGAGAAGUGCUUUAAAGAGAGCUUACUUUAAUCAGGAAUCAUGGAGCAGGAGUAUCAUCACAUCCAGGGGAGCAAAAUACGUUUCCUUGUGGGCUUGUUUCAACACAGUCCGGUUGUUUUCUAGCUCUGUCACUUUCUGUCUGUUAUGAAGAAAAACAAGACUCAUGAAUCUCAGUGUAGUUUCCGUCUUUUGGUGUGUGUGUUUGGGAGCAAAGGCUGUCCCCUCUUCAGCAUUCUGGUGGAAUGAUACAGGGGAAGUGAAGUAAUGGCACAUAAUGGGGGACUGGGGCAAACUGAAGCAAAAGGUGCAAAAAUUUAGGAUUUUAAGAAAAUCUGUAGAUAGUUAUGAUUUUUUUUUUUGGCACCAGAUAUGAACCUGUACACCCAAGAGGUCUUCUGAGAGGUUUCAAGGACUAUUAGAGCAAAGGUGUGGCUUGCAAUUCGAGACAGACACACAGACACGCCGCCGGCUAUAGUAGUAAGAUGUCACAUUAAUUUUCCAAGAAUUUUGCAUCUCUGUAAAACCUCUUGAAUUAAAGCUGCUCUCUGGCGGGGGAAUAUGACACCUGUUAUGUUAUACCAUCAAGCAGAAUCCUGAGUGCAUGUUGUUUCUGUGGUAGAGCGAAGUGGAUAAAAAAUUGUCUUUAUUCUUGUAGUAAAAAAAUAGGGAACCACCUCUCAUCAUGAACAUGAAAGAGCCAGCUUAGAACUUGUUAAACCGUUUGCGAUUGACACAUCACUAAACCUUGAGUUAACAGAAAGUUUAUAACCAGCUUUGUGAAAGCCUGGGUGUGUUGAACUUGCUUCGUGGUACUACCCCUUUAACAUUUAUACACCAAUCAUGGAGUGGCGGUCAAAGAAAGCUUUCGCGUUUUGUGAGAUGUGCCUUGUUGUGAUGAACUUCACCAGCUAAAAAUUAGAUUUCAUCUUAGUACCUCCUUUCUUACUUUUACCUCACAUGUAGCACCACUGUUGAUCAGGGUGUUAUCCAGUAUCUUUAUAUAAGAGGAAUUAAACCAUUCUGUUUCUCUUAACAUUCCAGCUUGAUUAGAGCAGUAUGUUUUUAAAUCUAAGAAAAGGCUGCCUGUCUUCUGAAUGAUGACUUUUGUAAGACAGCAAAAUGCUAAAGAAGCUAAAGGUUUCAAAAAGUCUGUAGUUACAUUUAGUGUCUUUUAUAACAUGUCACUUUUGGAUGCUUUAAUAGAAAGUAGUUGCAUUUCUCUUUCAGCUGGUUUCAACAGAUGCUUUUGGUUUUUCACAAUAUGAGAAAACAGAUUAAAAACUUCACAAUCUCUGUUACAAGUGCAUUAUUGAAAGACUUUAUUUCUUUUUUCAAG